CAGCAGGCAGGCGUUAGAGCCAGUCAGAGUGGGAGUGAAAGAGCACCAGACAGCAGGGUGUAGAGAGAGAGAGAGAGAGAGAGAGAGAGAGAGAGAAGGUGAGUGUAUGUGAGGCCAGAGAGAGAGGACAGAGAGGCAGUUAGAGAGCUCUCUCCACGAUAGAGUGGAAGCGAUAGAGCGCUAGAUAAUGGAGGUGCAGUCGGAGUAUGUGGAGCCUCCUGUGGUCCCUCAGUGUGACCCCCAGCCCACCGGGAAGAUCAACAAAGCUGCCUUCAAACUCUUCGGAAAGCGCCGCACCGGCUCUGGAAUGGCCAGCUUCUUCUCCUUCAGGAACAAAGGGGCUACAAACAGUGGGAACAACGGGAAUUCUGACAAUGGGAAUUCUUUGAACGGGAACAGCUCAGCAGCAUCAGUGGAACUCGUUAGGAGCAAAACCCACGAUGGACUAACAAGCUCUAACAACGAUGCUGAUGGACAGAGAGGGGAGGGGCUUGCUAGCCUGGAGGCGGGACCAGUGAGGUCUCUUAGUAAAUCACUGAGUUUCUUCUCUCUACUUCGACGUGGGAGUUUCAGGUCGAGUGAAAAUGGAGGGGCGGGGCUUGUCAGAAGAGGGAGGGGCCUAAAGGGCUUUUUUAGCAGCAUGCGAUGGAGACGCAAGGAAAAAACAAACGAGGCAGAGGCGGAAGAGGUGGAGGGGCGAGAGAAGGAUGGGGAUGUCGCCGAUUCUGAACAGGUAAAGGAUAUUACGCUCACCCUUGAACCGCCUCCGCAUCAUCACCAAGAGGAUUGUGGGAAUGGAGAGACAGAACCUAACUUAGAGACUCCCACUACUAGUGUUACUAUGACACCCCCACACUGUGUUGCCAUGCCAGGGCCAUCUGGUGAGCCAGACUCCCCCUUUCCUUACACACCCACUGACUCACCAUUGCGCGCUCCCAUCCAAAAAGCCAAAGCCUCAAUUUCCAGUCUCACCCCCUCCCUCGCUACACCCCCUUUGGACCGCUGCAGCACGGGUGACCCACCCUCAGAGCCUUCGGUGGACCGCCUUUGCUCUCUCCUCUUCACUGACGUCACGUCCCUCAAGAGCUUUGAUUCACUGACAGGCUGCGGUGACAUUAUUGCUGAUGCAGACGAGGAGGGGCCAGCGGGGAAUGGGGGCAGUGGAACCAGCAGUAGCAGCAGUGGGGGAGGAGGGGGGAGUGUGGGAGUGGGUGCUGGGAGAGUUGUUGGUAUCACCAGUGCCACGUCUCGUGGCUCCCCAUGCAAAACCCCUCUACCUUCCCAGCUCACACAGCCCAUGUUCUCUGUUACCCCAAGCUCAGUGCCUUCCUCCCUCCCGGCCCGGGCCCGGGCGCCGCCUCCACCGCAGCAACACCCAGCCGGUAGUGGCGUAGUCGCUUACAUGGGCGGAGGGGAAGAAAUGGCGAGUCCAGAAGGAGUGGACGAUGCGGACAUGCAGGGGCUCUGGCAUAUGUUGCCCUCCACAGGAGACAACUCCCCUGCUUUACCCCGGUCACACCAACCUCCCUCUUCAACCCCAACUUCCACAUAUCCCCCUCGCGCCACCUCCAGCCUUGCCAGCAGCCACCUGCCCUCAGCCACCAAGAGUGCAGACCGAAAAAUACCCCAGGUGAAGGCAUUGGGGCUCAGUAAGAUUCCAGUAGUUGGUGCAGCAGGAAGCCGGGCGGCUAAACCCCCCCUUCCUCACACACAUGGCCGCCAUCCCACAUCCCCUGGUGACAAAGAGCCACUCAGUGAUGAGGGCUACUGGGACACUCCCUCAGCAACGCCCACAGCAACACCUGAUGAGAGCGGUCUGCAGCGCAACCAGAAGAUGGCUCUGUCACGUGACAGUUGCUCUGGAGACCACCUGUACGACCUCUACAAUGAUCCCGACGAGGAUGGAGAGCAGGAGGAAGAUCUAAACAGUACGCCCUCCCCAUCCACUGAAUACAAACUGAGCCCCACUUCCCCUUCCUCCUCCUCCUCUUCCUCCUUCCGAUCAAUGAAAGGCAGCACCAGCCUGCCUCGGGAAUCCAAGAUCCCUGUUAGCAGCAGACAAACUCCCCCUCCCCACUCUGCAAGCCAGUCAGCCCUCUCCUCUGUUCUAGAGGCCGAAUCCCCCCCUCCAAAGACCCAAGCGCCUCCCCCAGCUCGCACCAGAAUCCCAGUAUCCAAGGUGCCCGUCCGUCGUUCUGGAAACAAACCUGGCAGCACAACUAGAGGAACUGCCCACAAGAAGUAAUUCCUGUCGAAUGGGCAGUUCUCUCCUAUUAACUUAUGGACAUCACUUCAGUGCUGUUUAUGCAGAGCCAAAAGUUUUCCCAGACCAAGAAAAAUGUUGAGCUGUAGAGUUAACGGCCUAUAAAUUCCUCUCAAAUCUUAAAAGCUCUCAUUCCCUAAGUGUUUUGGGUUAGGACAGGGUAGAGUAGAAUAAGUGGUUUUGUUCACUUGAGAAAGUCACAAGGAGACUCCAAAAAGCUGGGUUAACACUUCACAGCUCUCACUGGGACUUUGGAGGUUGACUUUUGACAAUCCAUGGACUCGCAAUAGACACAUUUGCCUUGUAACUUUCCUGGAAAAGCUCCUGACCUGCUGAGAGUCUGACAGCUCAUGAUUGCACACUGCAAAAAAAAGAAAAACUAAAAAAGCAGAAAAAAAAGCAGAGCACCUUUUUAUCUUUUACAUUUUUCUUAUUGAAUUCCACAUGGCAUAACAUGAUUUGCUCAUAAGGACCUAAUCUAAUCAAAAGUUUUUUUUCCUCAGUUUGUCAUCUUGUCUAAUCUGUAACAAAUUACCUCCUAAUCCUUUGAUCUAGAGCCAAAGUUUGAAAAGAAACCCAGUCUUCAUUUGACAGACUCUAAUAGUCUUGAACAGACUCAACAAUGUCCCCCAGUAUGGAAUAACCCACCAUUUUUUGGCUGUUGUAUGUGUUUUUUGCUUUUUGAAGAUGGUCUUCUUCUGACCCCACACUGAUUAUUAAACUGUACGUGCAAAUAUACAAAUGAACAUAGAGCUGGUUUUAUUACUUACCUACUUUGCAUCUCCAAAUGUGGCACACAAUAUCCUAUGUGUUUUGGAGGGGAGACCACCUCUGUUUUGACUGUUUUUUUUUUUUAUUGGACUUUUGACUUUGAAGUUUGGCCUGUUCAGCCUGUUGCUUUUGGAUCACUGCAUCAACCGAAGUUCAUCCAUAGGACUUAAAUCUCUGGGAUUUACAACUGUUGAAUUACCAAUGGAAACCUACAAAGCUAUCGCAAUACUCAACCUGGAGGGAUCCCUUACACUGAUGCAUUGAUACACACAAACACACACACAACACACACGUCCAAAAUCAUACACGGACACAAACACUUUCUCACCCUCUUUGCAUGCAGUGCCACACAUACAAGGCGCAAAGGUCAGGGAACAUUGUCUAAUACUGAAUGAUCUUAGUUACACACACUGUUCAACCUCUGGCACUGUCUUUGUAGCUACACUGGAUGACUUUCUUCGUCAAGGACACAUGCACAAACAACAAAUUUUUUCUAGUUAGUACUUCACUGAAUUUCAUACUGUUUUUAUAGGCUCCUCCUUUCCGAAGUCAUAUACUGUACGGAUCUUUAACUGUGAUCGCACCAGCUUCUUAAUACUCUGCUUUCUGUUCUUUCUGUUUUUCUCUACCAACAUACUGUAUAGGCUGAUGUGAGAGGAUGAUAGGUAGGCAUCCUCGCUGUCAGCCAGUUUUACAGAGCCAGAAUAUGCCUGCAAGUGGUUUUCUAAACAGGCUGUGAGGAAAUUCAGGGCUUCAGAUAAAGAGUCACGUAAUUUACUGGAUCACAGCUUAAGAUGUAAAGCAAAAUGUGGGGAUUAAUGGUAAACCAUGUCACAGUCCUUCACCCUCCUUCUCCUGGCUGUUGUACUGAUAAACACUGUACAACUUCAUUCGAGGAACCACCGCAGCUGUGUGUGAAUCUGAAUGUAGCUUCACAUCAUUGUAGAUCAUUGGUCAGCAUAUAUUUUCCUGUAUUGGUCUGUUUUCCUCUUUGUCCCUCUUUUGUGGGGGCACGACAAAUGGUGGAGUUGACUGUUUUCUAAGAUCUGAAAAAUGAAGACAAACUACUGCACAGUGUUGCAGCCUUGCAAAGCACCACUUGUUUUAAGAAUGAGGGGGUGUAUUGCAGUCUUAAAAGGCCUUUGUCAGUGAUUCAGUGAGACAAGUUACAGGGAGCAGAGUGUUCCCUACCCUUCGGUUAAAGAGGGGGGUUUUCAUAGGAAAAGCCAUUUGAGAUGAUGCACGUUUUCUCCAAUCCUAACCACAGGGGUACCAAUGACACUUGAGGGUCAUUCUAGUUCAUGAUAGCUUUCCAUCUCAUUUAGAAUGUAAUGAUUGAUCCACAACACUGCUCCAGGUUCAGAUAUCUUUUCAGCCUCCACAUGGUGUAGUGUAGGGCAGGCCAUGGGGUAACCUGAUCCCAGGUCUGCAGUAAGUGUGUUUCUCACCCGAUAAAAGAAGGACAGGCUAAAGGUCAUAUGGGGAGCAGGGAAUGAUCAUGUCCUUUAUGUUUUCUCUGCUACACUGUGCUCUUUGUUUAUUGUUCAAUCAACUUCAUUCUUCCGUCCUUGGAAUGCUGAUUGACAGAAGGGUGAUUCGAUGGAAAGGAAUGGUGACAUACGGUAACUUGUUUGGUGAUUGAAAUGGGUAACAAUCCAAACCUUUGAAGUAUUCCUGGUAAAAAUUGAAAAAACAGUAGUGCUGAUGCUCGUGGAUUGUUGACCAAAACAGUUGCCCGAUGAGUCCAAAAAUCACAAUUUGACUUUGCUUUAUGAAUGGGAAACCACACUGUUUGAAUCAAAUUACAUUCAUGUUAAACUGAAGAGAGAGUAAGGAACUAUGAACUGGAAAAAUAGCAUUAUGCAUCAUAUGUUUUGUGUAUAUGGCGCCCUCCAUGGUUGAUGUCCGACGUGCCAUAGUUUUGUGAGUAACUUGUUUCUCCACCUCUUCCAAGAAUUACAUAAUGAAAAUGAAAGCCGGACAUUUGAGUACCUUGAUCUAUCGCACUGGCAUGUACACAGUAAUGGCAUCAACCACAGAGGCCACCAUAUUGCCACCUGUCUCAGUUCCUUUCUUUUCAGACUGAUACUUCUCUCUUUUCUUUCUGAUUAUAAAUCUGGGCCUUUAUGUGAUCAUUCGCUGCAGUGAAAAGCACAUUAUGUUUUCCUUCUUUUUUGUUACCGUCUGUCUUUUCACGGUGUGAAGUCUUUCCACUUUUCAUAUUUAAUGAAUAAAACUGUGUUUGCGCUGAUA